UCUCUUAGAAUGAAGCACACCCUUGAACCUAUACGAACCUCUAUGAAUAGAAAACUAAAUUUAGCCAAGAAGUUUCUCAGAGUGAAGAGAAACAAGAAACUUAAGAGCCAAAGCCCAAGGAAGCAAACUUUCUCCAUGAAGAGGAAGAACAUGUCCAGAGUCACUCGAAAUCAAGAGUAUCUUUCGAAAUCAAGGAGUAUAAGGAGGGAAAACAAAAGCACACAGAGGGCAAGCAGACCCCAACAAUGACAGUCAUGAUUUCUCCUCUGAAUCAUAGUCUUAUAACUAUUCACAGCAUCAAUGGAUGGGAAAUUUGAACAAGAAAAGAGCAGGUUCAUAUCUACCAUCAAGAAGGCCC